AUGGCGUGUACCGUUUCCGGCUGUUCAAGUCGAUUGGGUGUUUUCACGGAGAAUAAUGAGAAUGUAUCAUUCCAUCGAUUUCCGGCUGACGUCGACUUGAAAAAAUCAUGGGUUAAAAAUGUAAGGAAAGGUGAUGAAACGAAGCCCACACAGUAUACCAGGAUCUGCUCUUUACAUUUUGAUAAAUCUUGUUUUCGUGAGGGUUAUGGACGAAAAACCCUACAUUCGUACGCAGUACCGACAAUAUUUCCUAAUCAACCCUUAUCGCGUCGACCAAAAUUACCUACAAAAAGAAAACUUGUACCGAAAUAUGGCGAGACCUCUGCUGCGAGAAAAGACGAGCAACGGCUCCACGGCUCUCUUCCAAAAAUGGAUCGCACAACUCAAACAAAAAAUAUUGGCGAAACCGCUAUUGAUACUAAACUUCGAAAAGCGACCAGAUUAGUAGAGCAUUAUAAACUAAUAGCAACAAGACGUGGUACAAAAUUAAAAAACUUACAACGCAAAUUUUCUCGGCUUACAAAGAAAAAUACUGAUUUAGUAAACAUUAUUCAAGCACUUAAUGAGAAACAUACUGAAUACAGUCGGCUAUAA